UCAAAAACUAAAACCCUCCUUUGGACCUUUUUCUUUCCUUUGAUUUGCAGGAAGCAAAACCCUAGAACACGAAAAUCUCAGUACCCGUUUCCACCACUUACUUGCCAUGCACCCUCGCUCAUACACAGUCGAUUCCAUCUCCAAAUCACAAGAACUAGCCUCCGAUAUCCUCGCUUCCUCCACCCCCGUUCAGAUUUCCUCCGUCUGCUCUUCCAUCGACUCCUUCUUGCACUCUCACACAGCGGAUCAGUCGCGCCAUUUCUUCUCCCUCACCUUUCCUACCUUAAUAUGUAAGCUCUACGGCUUCUGCGACGCCGCAGCGCCCCCUAAUGGAUCCUACUUCGCGUCAUCGAACGCUGGUUGGAUGGAUAUCAUCCUCCAAUCAAACGACUCUGAUCUCGCUUCUAGAGUUUUCAGCCUCCUUUCACCAAAUGGCGUCAUUUUCCAGUCGAUAUUUGCUGUUGAUGAUCAAUCGCUGGUGAAAUACGUGUUCCCGAUUGAGCGUUUGCCGGAAUGGGCCCGGUUCGUGCUAGCCAGCGAGAGAGAUUGUCAGGUCCUGAACAAUCUUUGCCCUCUAUUUAGAGGUAAAAUUAAGGAGGAUUCAAUUAAAGGUUCCUUGAAUUACCAAGUGCAGCUAAACGUUUUUGAGUAUUUCAUGUUUUGGUUCGCCUAUUAUCCUAUUUGCAAAGCCAAUUGCGAGAAUUUAAACAAUCCACCUACGAAAAGGACCAGAAAGUUAAACUUAGAAAGUUGGACCUCGUCAAUUCCUGUAUUUUCGCAUUCUAAGCCCGGUAAUGAACAGAAAUUGGAGCAUAAUCUUUAUUUGCGGCUUUUGUAUGCGUAUCUGCGUGCUUUUGUGCCUAUACUCGACUUAGAUUUGCACCAGCCCUAUCGGAGCUCGCUUUUGCAUUAUGGACGUGGAAAUGCUAAGUCAAUUUUGUUGAUAGCGGAGUUUCUUGUUGACACAUUGGUGCACUAUUGGUUGGUUGAUAAUGAUUUCUCGCCGUUGCCUGUUGAUGUCUGCAAGUCAUCUGGAUUGUCUUUUCCACAUAGGUCAGUUUUAACUGAGACUCCACCAGCACCUAAAUUGGGUGAGAUGGUGAAGUUACUGGUUAAGUACUUGAACUUGAGUGUGACUGGGGUAAAAAAUGGCUCUAACUGUGUGGACAGCUCAAAAUGGAGUAGGGUUUCUUUAUGUUCAUUUGAUUUGAGAUUAAGGGAAUUUGCUGUAUCUGUGAAUGAUAAUAUGUGUGUGGGUGCCUCAUGGAACUCGUGGAUUCAGAGACCAGUUUAUAGGUUUCUUUUGAGGACAUUUCUAUUUUGUCCAGUGGGGACUUCUAUAAAGAAUGUUGAACAGGUGUUUUUGGUUUGGGUUAGUUAUUUGGAGCCUUGGAAGGUGGAAUUGAAUGACUUUGCAGAGUUUGAUGCUACUGUGGAUGGGUUGGGGAAGGAUUUGAAGAAGGAAAAGGAGAGGAGCAAGGAGGAUGGGUAUUCAUCUUUGUGGCAGGAUUAUGUGUUAUCUAAUUACUUGUACUAUAGUUCCUUAAUUAUGCAUUUCAUUGGGUUUGCACACAAGUUUCUUCACACUGAUACAGAACUGAUGGUCCAGAUGGUGUUACAGGUUAUGCAAACACUGACAUCGUCGAAAGAGUUGACUGAUCUAAUAAAGGACAUGGAUGCUGUUUUUCAUUCCAAACAAGCUGGAUCAAGCAAAUUGAUGCUAAACAGCUUACAUGGAUAUGUUCCUUUAAUUCUUCAACAGUUGCAGGACUGGGAGGAUGGUUUAUGUGAGGGUGAUGCUGCUGGAUCCUUCUUGCAUGAGAACUGGAACAAAGAUCUAAGACUCUUUAGUGAUGGUGAAGACGGUGGAAAAAACCUACUUCAGUUGUUUAUAUUGCGUGUGGAAGCUGAGUUGCAAGCUAGUUCUGGCAAUAACCUUGCACACAACCUCCAGCUUAUAGAUUCUUUGAAAAAACAGGUAAGUUACUUGUUCGGUGGUUGCACUGUAAAAGCAAUUCCAUUUCCCCUUGAAAAAGAACAGCAUGAACAUUCGCAAGAUGCAAUAUUCAAUCCCAGAAAGGUUGGCAAUCAGGUAUUGACAGAUGUCAAAUAUAAGGGUGACUGGAUGAAGCGCCCCAUCUCUGAUAAUGAGGUUGCAUGGCUUGCAAAAUUGCUUGUGGGGUUGUCUGGCUGGCUGAAUGAGAAUCUGGGGCUGAAUCAAGCAGAGAACAGUGAUGGAAGCUCUAAAUGGCCUUAUUUGGAGGUCGCAAGUGGGGUGGAAAAUGUCUCUGGGUCCUCGGAAACGAUAAGGAUGAUGUUGUGUGCUAUUGGUUCUUGGUUCCUUGCACUGGGUGCCACAGUAGUGAGGUUAAUGAGAAAGCAUGGCCUGAGAAUAAACCUCAGGAUACUGGCAUCAAAGAAGAUUGUGUUGUUUUUUAUCAUGUCUGUUCUAUUCAGAAUAUUGAAGAAUGCUUUUGGACUAUUUCAUAGAGUAUAAAUAAGAAUGAAGAAAACACAGGGAAAAAAAAUAUAAGAUUGGAAAAGUUUUGACCAAAGAAAAGUUUGCAAAAAAGGGAAGUGUUUACUGGUGCAAGUUUUGCUGCCUCAAGAGUGUUUUUGUCUUGUAGAUGAGCAUGAAAAAUUUUUACGGGC